GCAAUGUGUGUGGUCUUUAUCAGUUCUUAACUUAUUCUAUCUUUUUUUGCUUAUAGUGGAUUAUCAGUAAUCAAAUGCUAUGUAUUCUUAUAGAUAGUGUUAAAUAUCAGAAAUAUACGAAAAUGACUGAGAACACCUGUGACUGUGACACUAACCGUAAAUGUGCAAAACACGAAUCCAUACAGAGUACGGAACUUUCCUAUGGAAGACCAAAGAACGAAACUGCGUCAAAAAAUUUACAGGAGGAUAAAACAAAUCGAUCAGAGAAUGAAGCGAAUCUCCUCAUUGAUGAUAGUGAAGAAGUAACGUGUAACGUAAAACUUAAAAAAGAUAAUGUAGAUGAAAAUUCUAUACAAACAGAUGUAAGUUGUUCAUUAAAUACAGAAGUAGGAAUGUGUAACAUAAAAACUGAAAAAGAUGAUGUAGAUGAAAAUUCUAUAAAAACAGAUAUGAAUUAUGCAUUAAAUACAGAAGUAGGAAUGUGUAAUAUAAAAACUGAAGAAGAUGAUGUAGAUGAAAAUUCUAUAAAAACAGAUAUAAAUUAUGCAUUAAGUACAGAAGUAGAAAUGUGUAACAUAAAAACUAAAAAAGAUGAUGUAGAUGAAAAUUCUAUAAAAACAGAUAUAAAUUAUGCAUUAAGUACAGAAGUAGAAAUGUGUAACAUAAAAACUGAAAAAGAUGAUGUAGAUGAAAAUUCUAUAAAAACAGAUGUGAACUAUGUGUUAAAUACAGAUAUAGACUUAGAUACAAGUGAUUUUGAUGAGAAGAGCAAAAUUGAGAAAAAACAAUCAAAUGAGUGCAAUUCAGAUACAGAUACAGUCACGGAUACAGGAGAUUCUUCAGGAGAAGAAGAGAAGGAAAUGAAUACUCCAAUAAGUACUUCAGCUUUUGUAAAAAUAAAGCCUAAGCCUAUAGAUUACAGUGUGAGAGUUAGAAUGGUUUUCUUAGAUAAUCUCCCAUUAAAAACAGAUGAGAAAUUCAUUCAAGGAAUCUUUAAAUGCUGUGAAGAUAUUAAAUAUAAACAAAUAGAAAUUCACACGAUUAAAAAAUAUUACGGAAGAAUUGUUAAACCAUCAUUAGGACGAAAAACAAUAAAAGUAGCAACGAUUACUUUUUCAACUUUAGAUGCUGCGCAAAAAGCAGUUAAUAUGAAUCCACUAUGGAUUAAUGAACAUUAUGUGAACAUACAUUUUUUUGAUGACACUUUUAUUAACCCUGAAACCUUUCAGACUAAUCGAGUAUUUCUACAAAAUGUACCACAUGACAUGACCAGUGAGACAUUAUGCAACAUUUUUGGAGACUGUGGAGUACCAUUGUACAUACGUUAUCUACACAAGGCAGUUACAGAAGAGUUUACUGGAAUUGUUUAUAUCCAGUUUCAAACUGAUGAAGCUGUUAGAUGUGCAUUACAAAAGACAAACCGAUAUUACUUCGAUGGAGUAUGUCUCACUGUAACUCAAGAUUUGUCACCAGAAUUGAUUGAAAAUAUAACUACCUCACUUGGAUUCUAUACUUCAUUUCAAGGUUUGAGAGCUGUUGUUCAAAACGAGUUAUAACGGACUAAUCUAUUAUGAAUACAAACUUAACAGAAAAUUGAUCUCAUGCAAGAACUGCUACAAAUUUAGUAGAAUAUACGAAUCUAACACAAGAAUCAUUCAAGAACUGUCAUGGAAAAUUUGAAGGCCUAAAUAUACUAAAAAAUAUGGACUACAUCAACAAGUUAUACCAAUUUCUUCUCUUUCGUUCGAAACAAGAAAAUAGAAGAAUAAAGAGAAGAAUAAGAAGGAAAAGAAAAGAAUGAAAAAUCACUAACUAACAGUACAAAAAAAGAGAGAAGAAGACUGAAAAAUCACUAAUAGUAAACAAAAACUUGUGAUUGAUAAAUUUACAAGUAAAAACUUGUGACUGAUAAAUCUACAAGUAAAAACUUGUGACUGAUACAUCUACAAGUAAACUUGCUUUUUUAUGAAUUUGAGUGAUAUUUUUUUGUGAGUGAUAUUACAAUAAAUACGUGAGUUUUUCUAGUUUAGACAUACAUUUAUGCAUGUUUAUUUCGAGAUAAUUGAUAAUAAUGAACGGUUGUACUUUUCUCACUAUACAACUGCGUUAAGACUUUGAUAUUUGUUCAGUCAUCUUGAAUGAUAACAUAAAAAGCAAACACUUAUACAUCUUAAACUUCUUGCAAUUUACAUAAAACCUAAACAGUAUUUUCAAAUUUAAUAAAUAGCGUGAGCAAAUAUCAAGAAAUCUAAUAAGGUACGUUUAAACGCAACAUUGUUGUCUACAUGAUAACACAUUAAUCUCACUUUUUUUUAGCAUGUAGCGAUAUUAAGUUUUCUCUCAUGUCAACAAUGUUGCGCCGAUUUAAACUGAUUUUUUUAUAAAGAAAAAUGAAUGGAAAGCUACUAGGAGUUUUUUUUUUAUAUUAUUAUUUUAACGUGCCCAUAACCGUUAGCCGAAGUUACUAGGAGUUUAAACAUGAAGUUAUGUUUUUGCUUCAUUUUUUGUUAUAAUGUCUGCGUUCCGAUAUUCAUUGCCAAUACUAAAAAUAAAAAUCUAUAUUUCACAUCACAUGUCUUAUAGAUUUCCAGUACUGGAAAUAAAUAUCGGAACGCAGCCAAUGUUAACAUUGGUUAAGUUCAGAAAACAACGGUUGAGAGAUCACUUAUGAUAGAACUAUUCUUCAAAACUUGUUACGGUUCCAAAAAUAUGAUCCAAUCAUAAGUUAUUAUCGACUAUUUGGGUAGGAACGGAUGGGGUGGGGUGAAGGUAGGAGGAAGAAGGGUUUAUGUAUUGGGGCGUAUGCGGAUGGGAUGAUUUGGUGCUGUUAGCGGAGGAGGAAGGGUUGAGGGGAAUGAUGAGAGGGAUGGAGAAAUAUCUGGCGAAAGGGUUUGGAAGUCAACGUAAAUAAAUCAAAAGUGAUGAGGUUUAAGAGACGAGGCAGGAGUGAGAAAAAGCAAAUGGAAUGGUGGUGGAAGGGGGAGAGAUUGGAGGAGGUGAGGGAAUUCAAAUAUUUAGGGUAUGUAUGAUCGCUUCUCGGCCUCAUUGGCUAAUUAAUAAUUACUUCGGGAAGGAUGCAACGAACGCGAAUUACUUCGGGAAGGAUGCAUCGACGUGGCGUAUCUGCAAGUCGUCCAGUGCGUGCGGGGUCGGAGCGACCGCGUCGAGGAGCAGGACAUGCACCUGGUGAGCGAGACGGCGUCAAUAGGGAGGAACGGGGGGAGGGAGGCGCAGAUAAAAGAGAGAGUGAGAAAAGGGGCGGCUAUUAUGAGUCAGGUGUAGGGGAUUGGGAAGAGGAGGUUCGGUGAGGAUUGGGAUAGAAGGUUAUGGUUGUUCGACGUAUUGGUUUGGUCAGUGGUUGGAUAUGGGGUGGAGAUAUGGGGAUGGAGAGAAUGGGAUAGCUUGGAGAGAUUACAAAAUAGGUAUAUAAGGUGGUUAUUGGGAGUAGAUUAGAGGACUCCGGGUCCUCCUAUAUCGUAAGGGAAGAAGCAGAGGGAUUUAUUAAGGGGAAGGGCGAGGCAAAGAGCCUGGAAAUUUGAGGAAAGGUUGGAAGGAGGAGAGGGUAGCGAAAUAGCGAGGCUAUGUUUAAAGGAGAUUAGGGGUAGAGAGGGGGGUGGGGAGGGGUUGUCUGAGUGAGAGAAUGACAGGAUAAAAUAUUAUGAAGAGAGAGGAGUAAGGAUAGCGGAGAUGAGGGAAAGUAGAGGCAGGAGAAUGGAGAGCUCAAUUGUUGAUAGAGAAGGAGAGGAGGAUGCAGAGUGAGGAGAGAUGGAAAAGGAUUGAAAGUUCGAGGUAUAUACAAUAGAUGGUACGGAAGGAUUAAGAAGGAAGGAGUGCCGGGGUAUUUAAAAAAGGGGUGGGGAGAAAGCAGAUGUCAGAGGGUGGCUAGGUUUAGGUUGGGGAACGAGAUGAAAGAAGGUAGAUACUGGGAAGGGGAGAGGGAAAGGGUGUGUAGAAUGUGUGGAUUAGUGGAGGAGGGAGAAGGAUGGUUAAGGAGGUUGGAGGAAUAAUUUUGUGUAAGGUAUUGUAACCCUAAGGGGAAUCAAUAAACACUAUCUAUCUAUCUAUCAUAAGUUAUUAUCUCUCAACUGUUGUGCAACUGUUGAGUUGUCCGAAUGCACCCAAAAAAUUAGAGCAGAAAAGUUUUAUGAUAAGAGAUCGUCCAAACAAACGAAAUAAUUGGUUGCGAUUUUUGGUUUUUCUUUCAGUCAUAUGAGACAAAUUUACAGAACGAAAUUACUCUGAUUGGUUGUCUUCUCACCAUGAUUCAUUUUCAUUUCGCUUUUGUGAAACGAAAAAGAGUUAUGGUGGGGAAUCAACCAAUUAAAGUAAAUCCGUUUGAUAAAAUUAUAUCUCAUGUGAAUCUCGGAUUAAAAUCCGGAAUCUUGCUCGUCUAUUUGCAAUUGGUUGAUCUCCCACUGUACAUUUUUUUGUUUCGAUUUUUCAUGUAAUUUAUACAUUAGUUAAGCAUUGAUAAUUGCAUUACAUCUUCAUCCUCGAGACGUUACAAUUCUCGUUUUUUUUAUUAUGUUAACAUCUAAUAACAUAAUAAAAAAAUUCGAAACAAUAUACGACCAAUUGUUUCUAAAAGAGCUUCUAUUAGUUUUCCUAUAUUCAUUUUUUUUAAUUUGAGACCAAAUAUUAUUUUGAAAUUUAAAAUAGUAAAUGUGUAAAUACAGGUAAAUCCUCGUAUAUAUAUGUAACGUGGAUAUUCCGUUCCACAGAAAUGCCGCGUUAUAGAAAUCAUGUUAUACGAGGCUAGCAUAAGCGCGCAUAUUGAAGAACCGAGUUGGACUUCAGUUUAAUACAUUUUAUUUGUAAAUUGCGUUGUACAAAUUACCUGUAAUUAUGUAUAAAUAAACACACGUUUCUAUGAAGUGUAUUGUAAUACUUGUCAAGUGUAUAAGUUCUCUGUCUUGAUAAAAGUCAA